AUGGGCAACUGCACCAAGACCCCUGAGCGGAGGCUCUCCAAGGACGGGAGGCAGCGCUGCGGCCCCCCCGGCCCCCAAGAGGCCGAGGAGGCGGCGGAGGCCGCGCAGUCGCCGCCGCUGCAGAACUACUCGGUGCUGCACGGGCUGGUGGGGCCGGCGUGCAUCUUCCUCCGCCAGAGCAUCGCCAUCACCCAGCUGGACCGAGAGCUGCGGCCGGAGGAGAUCGAAGAGCUGAAGCAAGCCUUCCGGGAGUUCGACAAGGACCGGGAUGGCUACAUCAGCUACAAGGACCUGGGCGAGUGCAUGCGGACCAUGGGCUACAUGCCCACCGAGAUGGAGCUCAUCGAGCUGUCCCAGCAGAUCACGGGCGGCAAGGUGGACUUCGACGACUUCGUGGAGCUGAUGGGCCCCAAGAUGCUGGCGGAGACAGCGGACAUGAUCGGCAUCAAGGAGCUGCGCGACGCCUUCCGCGAGUUCGACACCAACGGGGACGGGCAGAUCAGCAUGGCGGAGCUGCGGGAGGCCAUGCGCAAGCUGCUGGGGCAGCAGCUCAACCCCCGGGAGGUGGACGAGAUCCUCAAGGACGUGGAUCUCAACGGGGACGGCCUGGUGGACUUCGAAGAGUUUGUGCGGAUGAUGUCGCGCUGAGGGCGGCCCGUGCCAGCCGGGACAGGAGCCCCCCCGCCGUGCCUUACCGAGACCAGAGGGCCCCGGCACCGCCGCCCCCUCCACCCCGCCACCGGGAGGGGUCCCGGGGCCCGUCCGCUCCCCUCCCUCCCGGGCCCGUCCCCACGCUGCCCCCUGCGGCCUCCCGGGGGCGGCGG